AUGGCAACGACACCAGUCUAUUCAAAAUUAUUUUCAAGCGUCCGCUAUUAUGUCAGCGGUUCGAUUGAUUCCAAUAUUGAAUCUUUAUUAAAACGUGAAGGAGCUAUUCGUUCAUCAUAUCUGAUACAAAGUGUUACACAUGUUCUAUGUGAUGAUUAUGAAUCAAAUAGAGACGAAUGUGAUACAGCUAAAGAUAUUUACUAUAUACCAAUCGUAAAACCUGAUUGGAUCAUUAGUUGUUUAAAGUAUAAUUCAUUACUACCAUUAGAACCAUAUUGUGCCGAUGGAAAAUUAUUAUUCCAAGGUUUCACUUUUGCAAAUGCCAAUUUAAAUCAAAUGGAUAAUGAUAAAUUAUGGGCACUAGUUACAUUUCAUGGUGGAAAAUGGACAAGUGAAAUUGAACAACUAAAAUGUACACAUAUUCUUUGUUCGUCUAAGUUAUCGAACGACGAUAACAACAAUAACGCAAAUAAACGUUUGUAUGAUGCCUAUCAACUAGAUGCAAAUUCCGUCUUGCUUAUAACACCAGAUUGGGUUCUCGAUUGCUUAAAAGUGAAUGAACGACUCGAUGAGCUCAGAUAUCAUCCCGAUUUAUUGAAUAAUUCUUAUGAAGAAGAUGUAUCGGAUACGUCACUAAAAACAGAUGUGAUACCAUCUCAAAACGAUUCAUUUAGCGACACUUCUUUAGCAGCCAAAUCGAUACCCCAUCAUCGCACACAACUAUCCACCAAAAAUUUUUUUAAUCAAUUAGACAUUAAUGAAGAUAAUGUUAAUAAUUUAUUAGGUGAUAUGCCAGAGACUGAUCAAAAUGAGCAAGAUCAAGAAGUCAAUGACGAAGUAGAAGGUCCAAAACGAUCUCGAACAAAAACGACAGGACCUCGACAACGUGGUCCAAGAAAAACAUCUUCGUCAGUAAAUCGAACCAAAUUUGCGAUUUCAGCCGAACUUGAAGAACAAAUGAUUCGUCCAAUGUUGAUUGAAAUGCCCAAACCACCACCAAAAACAUUGUCCGAAUUGAAAUAUUUCACACAAGAUAAACAUGAACAAAUUCCUAUGAGUCAAUGUUUACUUGGUUGUGUUAUUUUUAUCUAUGGAAAAGAAUAUAUUCCAACUGUGUCAACAAAUGAUUUAUUAUCAUGGUCCCAAACAAUAUGUGAUAAUGGUGGAAUAAUUACUGAUGAUGGAAAUAAUACAAACUUAACACAUUUUAUUUGUGCUUAUCGAACGAGUGAAUUAUUUCGUACUGUUUACAAACGUGGAAAUGUACGAAUGGUGACAGCACAUUGGUUAAAUGAUGUUUUACAACGAAAAAAAUUAUUUGUACCGAAUUUAGCUAUUCAUUUUCCAGCGCCAUUCGAUAUGAGUGAUAUUAAUCAAUUACCAUUAACAAAAUAUUUGAUAACAUUGUCGGGUUUCGAAGGCAUUGAACGUGCUCGUCUACGGUUUUUAAUUCGCUCAUUGGGAGGAAAAUAUACGGGUUUUCUCGGUAGAUGGCAUUCACAUUUGAUAUGUAAAGAAGAAAAUAAUGGUGACAAAUAUAAAAAAGCAUUGGAAUGGUCAAUAUCAAUUGUGAAUGGUGUAUGGUUAUCAGAAUUGUAUCUAGGAAACACAUGUGCAUUAAAAACGCCUAUUGAUGAACGUUAUACACGUCUACCAAGUGGAAUUGAUCAUUUUUCAUUUGAUUCUAUAUAUGUUCGUGAUUUGUUAACGGCAUGGUUAAAACCACUGCAUAUCAAUGACCAUCUGUUAAAUAUCGCGAUAAAAAAACAUAACGAAAAACAACAACAGGAUUCAACUACUACUACUACUACUAUCACUACAACGGAAAAUAUAAAUGGUGAUACAGAAUCGACACCGAAAAAAAUACGUCGCACGUAUAAUGAACCAUUUAUACUAAAUGGUAAAACAGCGUCAACAACAGCAGCAUUAACAGACGUCUUCGUGAUGUUAAGUGGUUUUAAUAAACAAUCACUUGCCCAUUAUGAAGAAGUUGUGAAAAAUUUAGGUGGUCAAAUAUCGUCGUUACCUCAUUAUACCACCCAUUUAGUAAUGAAAAAAUGUUUACGUACAGAAAAAUUAUAUGAAUGUUUAAAUUACGUUACGUACAUUCUCAAUACAAAUUGGUUAGAUAAAUGUGAUCAAGAAAAACAUUUUAUUCCACCAUCGGAUGAUGAUUACUUACUUUACGAUGAUUAUAAACCAAAUACAAUUUUACGACUAGCCAUCGAAAAACGUUUAUCACGAAAUAGUAAACUCUUGUUUUCUGGUUAUACAUUUUUUCUUACACCAAGUGUUCAACCAUCAAUAUCCAUUUUAAAAUCUAUUAUUUAUUCAACAGGUGCUAAUAUCACACGUGAGUUUCCUACAUUAAAACAACUUAUUACUUCUGAUCCAAAAACACACGUACUCCAUAUAAUAAUCAUAUCAUGUGAUGAAGAUAAAAUAUUGUUAAAAGAAUUAAAAAAUGGUUUAACAAUUAAUGUUUAUCGUAUUGAUUUUAUUCUAGAAAGUAUAAUCAAACAAGAUGUACUUAUUAAUGAUGAACAAUAUAUUUUACGUUUAUGA